AUGCCCCACGCUACUAAGCUACACUUUGCUCUACAGCUGGCGAGGCAAGUUGCUGGUCCGACGAAAUCGAGCUCACCUGCAAGUGCGGCUACGGAGAAGGUUCCAGUCGCCUACGGCCUACGGGCAGUGUGGCCUGUCCCUGGCGAUAGCGGUACCGCUGAAAGCCACAUCAACACGCACGCUAAGGUGACGGGCCACGUGGGCAUGGAGCAGGCUGGCGAAGCCCUUGAAGGUGCCGAUGUUGUUGUCAUCCCGGCCGGUGUCCCGCGCAAGCCCGGCAUGACCCGUGACGACCUGUUCAACACGAACCCGAUAUACGCGCGCACCGAAACGCCCACAGGUCGCUCGGGUAAACCCAUCGACUAUGUGUUUGCUGCCCAAGGCUUUGCUGUGGACGAUGACAAUGAUGAGGAUUAUGACCCGGAGCGCGAUCCUGACGACGGACGGAACGAUAAUCUCAAAGCGAUUCCCAGUACUAUUUGGAUCCCCGACCAAGGACGCCACACAGUCGUCAGCGCCAACACCGACACCGACAGGCUCAAAGACAAUACUGACAAUGCCAAGGAAGCCAACGAGGGAGAGAUUGCCGACGUCAAAAGCAAGUGUGAUGGUGAACAACAAGAGACAACUUCCAUUCUACGCUUUGUGCCAACUGCGCAAGACGAGGCUGAGAAAGCUGCGCGAGACGAGGCUGAGAAGCUGAGCGAGACGAGCAGUCAUACAGCUGUUGAAGACGACAUGAAGCCGGCUAGGGGAACGCUCUUGCCGUCACCCCACGUCUCGUGCCAAAUCUGCGAGCAAGUCAGCGUAUUCCCGCUCUCCACGCGCCGCACGUGA